UGCAGGAGUGGGACCUGUUGCAGAGUUCUUAAGCCCGUGGCUGAGUCCAGGAACACCAUCCUGGUCCUGUAGCUGCAGAGUUAACAGUUAGUUGUCUUGAUAACGUGCCUUGGAGCCAGCAGUCAAGAUGAGUGACAAGCCAGACUUGUCAGAAGUGGAAAGAUUUGACAGAUCAAAACUAAAGAAAACUAAUACCGAAGAAAAAAAUACUCUUCCAUCGAAGGAAACUAUCCAGCAGGAGAAAGAGUAUAUUAAAAGAUCAUAAAAUGAAGAACUCCUUUCCAGAGUGACUUCCAACAUUGUCUGGCAGUCUUGGCUUUAGGCUUGUAGCAGUUGUAGAGAUUUUAGGCAGUUACUGAUGGAUUCUCACCUUUACCACCUUGGCUGAAAGGUCACCAUUUGCUAAUGAUCAUUAAAUUUGUCUUUAAACUGCC